CGGGCGGCGGCGGCCGGGGCCAUUGUCUCCCGCCGGGUUUUCCCCCCCUUCCCGCCGGCCCGGCUCUCGCAGCCGCCCGUUAAAAGAGCAGGCAAGAUGGCCGAGCUGGGCAGCAAGGGGGUGACGGCCGGCAAGAUCGCCAGCAACGUCCAGAAGAAGCUCACCCGGGCGCAGGAGAAGGUCCUUCAGAAGCUUGGGAAAGCAGACGAAACAAAAGAUGAGCAGUUUGAACAGUGUGUGCAGAACUUCAACAAGCAGCUGUCUGAAGGCACGAGGCUGCAGAAGGAUCUCCGAACUUACUUGUCUUCUGUAAAAGCUAUGCAUGAAGCCUCCAAGAAGCUGACGGAGUGUUUGCAGGAAGUUUAUGAGCCGGACUGGCCUGGGAGAGAUGACACAAAUAAAAUAGCAGAGAACAAUGAUCUCCUCUGGACAGAUUUCCAUCAGAAACUGGUGGAUCAGGCUCUUCUGACCAUGGAUACAUACCUUGGCCAAUUCCCAGAUAUCAAAUCUCGCAUAGCAAAGCGAGGAAGGAAGCUUGUGGAUUAUGACAGUGCCAGACACCACUUUGAAGCCCUGCAAACUGCAAAGAAGAAGGAUGAAACCAAAAUUGCGAAGCCUGUUUCGCUGCUUGAGAAAGCUGCGCCUCAGUGGUGUCAAGGGAAGCUACAAGCUCACCUCGUUGCGCAAACUAAUCUGCUCCGAAAUCAGGCUGAAGAAGAGUUAGUAAAGGCUCAGAAGGUGUUUGAAGAAAUGAACAUUGAUCUGCAGGAGGAGCUGCCUUCACUAUGGAAUAGUCGUGUUGGUUUCUACGUCAACACAUUCCAGAGUAUAGCAGGCCUAGAAGAAAACUUCCACAAAGAGAUGAGCAAGUUGAACCAAAACCUCCAUGAUGUCCUGCUGGGUCUAGACAAGCAGUACUCAGGCAAUGCCUUUCCCAUUAAAGCACAGCCCAGAAAGAAAACUAAACUGUUCGCCAGGCUGAGGAAAAAGAUGAGCAGGUACCGUGACAGCACCCCAGCGAAAGCAAAUAAAAGCCCCUCGCCUCCACCAGAUGGAUCUCCCAUCACCAGCCCUGAGACCAAGACUGUUAACCAUGAGCUGGAACCAUCCACUUUGGAAGCACCUGGGGCAAGCAUCCCAAAAUCACCAUCUCAGUUGAGGAAAGGGCCUCCGGUGCCUCCGCCUCCAAAAGUCACCCCUUCCAAGGAGAUCAAGCAGGAGAACAUCAUCAGUCUGUUUGAUGACAAUUUUGUCCCUGAGAUAAGUGUGACAACCCCCUCGCAGUUUGAUGCCCCUGGGCCCUUCCAGGAGGGAGCCAGCCUGUUGGAUCUGGAUUUUGAUCCCAUUAAACCAGAUGCCACUAUGGGGAAGACCCCUACACCUGCUUCUCAGUCUUUACCUUGGGAUUUGUGGGAGCCUACAGAAGCAGCCCAUGCAGGAGCUGAAGCAGCUGGAUCUGAAGCAGCAGCUGGAGCUGAAGCAUCUAAAACUGAAGGUGAUUCAGGAUCGAGCUCUCUGCCCGCUGUCGUUGUGGAGACUUUCCCUGCUACUGUCAAUGGCACCGUGGAAGGAGGCGCCUCCUCUGAAAGAGCUGACAUGCCACCAGGAUUUCUGUUCAAGGUCCAGGCUAUGCAUGAUUACACAGCUACUGACAGUGAUGAGUUGCAGCUGAAGGCCGGGGAUGUGGUGCUUGUGAUUCCAUUUGAGAACCCUGAGGAGCAGCUGGAUGUGGGUGCAACAGCCAUGAACUCAAGACUCUCCAGGCUGCAGAGGGAUGAAGGAUGGCUGAUGGGUGUGAAGGAGUCUGACUGGAUCCAGCAUAAGGAACUUGACCAAUGCCGAGGGGUUUUCCCAGAGAAUUUCACAGAGCGGGUGCAGUGAAAGCAUGAGCCUGCCAGCCACGUUUCUGCUGGAAGAAAGCAAGUUUUCUGGUAGAUAAUUGAAAAAGAGCAGUAAAAACAAAGAAUUUUAAAGGAACAGAAGCCUGAAAAAAUUGUCAAAGGGUGUGUGCUUUUCAAAGGGCAAGGUUUCAGAAGUAAAUUGCAAUUCAAAGCGUUAUCAAAAUAUAUAAAUACUACUACUACUAAGGCAGACCAAUUACGCUCUUUCUCCUUCGGUUUAACAGCGUUUGAAUUCAGAGGACUGACACAGAAGCAACUCAGUGUGGUUCUUUAAAUGCUGCAUUGACUGAAUUGGCGUGAUGUCAGUCCGGCCCCUGGAAAGGCAGCGUUUGUCUGUUGGCUUGAGAGCUUUUGCUCUUGGGUGGGUUCACCUGUUUCGUCUUGAAGGUGACUUGCAUGGCAACUAGAAAAAUUCAGCCUUCCCCACAAGAUCAACCUACAGUAGGCCAAACUUCCUGUGAUGCUGUUGAAAAAAAUAUUUAGUGUAUAGUGUUCACCAAUACAAUGUAUGUGUGUGUAUUUUAUUUUCUUCCUUUAAGACAGUGUUAUGCAAACUAAUUUUAUAUGUGUAGAGAAAGGAGGAACUACGUGGUAAUGACAUGGAGGUGAAAUGUGUCAAGCUGUGCUCAGUCCAAAGUUCUUUCAACUGCAAGCAUCUAAAUUCUCACAGUAGUGUAUUGGCCUGUGAGAGCUAAAGGGAAUGGAGGAAUUGGACAAACAAGACAAAAUGAGCAGAUGCCAUCUACCUGAUGGGAAUGAUGCCCUGCCCCCACAAGCCCUGUAGGCACUUUCAGAAGAGUUUAAAUUCAUGUAGAUGGAAGAUAGCUCUCAAAUCUGAAAGGAAAAUGUGUUUUUAAAGAAAAUUUAAAGAAAAAUAUUCUUCUGAAAAGAUGUCUUAAGAAAAAACACUGAGGAAAAACCAUUUGCUUUCUGUGUUUUUAAUUGGCAUUGUUAUCUGUGGAAUGAUAUAUUUUUUUUUUACUUUCCUUUGAAGAUUUCUGUCAGUGAACUAUUGUUAGAUCAGCUUUCUCCAGUGCUGUGCUGGUGAUGAAGUUAACCUCUAAGAAAACUGGACUCUCAAAAUACUCAUUUAAAAAUGACUGCAUGACUUCUUGAUUUUUUAAUGCAUUAGAAGAGGAAGGCAAGAAUAUCAAAGUGUCAGUGUCAAGAGGACACUCUGCAGUCUAAUGCUGAUGCUGAGACCUUUCUUAUGCUCCUGUUUGUUUUUGAGUUUUGUUUUUUAGUUUAAACAAGCAGAUGACAAAGCUGUUUCAAAGUGCAUAUUAUACUUGUUAAAGUAAGCUGGUCUGACCCUCCGAGACUCUGAAGUCCAACAAAGGUACUUUAAACUUUACUUGAAUACUGAUGCAGCUGGCAAGCAGGUCAGGCUAUUAUCUCUUCUUUUUUUAAUGGCUUCCCACCCUUCCUACUCCACAAUCUUUUUGCCUUGGAGGGAUUUUUAACAGUAAGGUUAACUCCUGCUGUAAAGGGACAGGAUCACUCAUGGAAAUAAUCUUAUUAGGAGCUGGCUUUUGUCAGAGAUGUGCAGGGUGCUGACACACACUACUGAAAAUCCCACCUUUUCUCAUCUGCUUUAAUUACUUGUAGGACAACAGAAAAAAAAAAAAGCAAAAAUACAUUGUAGAGCAAAAAUGCUUUUGUUUUGUUUUUGUUUAUUUUUUAAGCUUUAAUUCUGAGCAAAGGGUCAGAUUUUGAUCAAAACUAUAUUGCUGUAAAUGCAAAAAUUGCCAGAGUUCUUUCUGCUUUCACCUCUGAAGAUAAUUGUGUUAGUUCUUUUACAGCAAUAUAACAAGCAUCAAAAUCUUCCUGUAUAUCCAACUCCAUCUCAACUAUUUUAUUUUAUUUUUUUUUUAAAUAAACUUGAGGAAUUUUUGUUUCUCACCGCUGUUAAAUCCCCAGUAGUACUUAAGAGUAAUUGCACGCAAUACAGAAGGACUGGACUCCACAAGUGGCAGCAUGGUGAGCCAUUGCUUUAGAAUACUGCGCUAUUUGGAUUAUUGGUUUUUUUUCACCAGGGUUGUCGUUAUUGUUAUUACUUUUUCUUUCCAAAGUAUCUAUUUUUAUGCAUUUGUGACUCUCAUUACUCCUUUAAAGAAUAUUCACAGAAGAAAGAUAUACAUUUAAAUAUACAUAGAAAUAUAUAUAUAUAAAAAAAACGGGUUGAUCCAAUUAACAUAACGACGUCAGCUUAAAAUGUUUAUUUUUAUGCAAAACCUGUGGAUUAUUGUUUUUUAAAAAAAGACAAGAUUCUAAGUACCAGAGCUGUGAUUUUUUUUUUUUGUCUUGCAAGUAAUUGUUCUAGAACACUUAGAAAGCUGUGCUGAUAUCUAAUUUAUUGUGGGUUUUUUGCUGUUGUUGAUGUUGUCUUCUGCUGUGUUUGAACCAGAUGACUGUCCCAACAGAAAUCCUUGUAAGGCCUUUUCUUUUAAUUGAGCUUGCAAAGCAACUAUCCAGUACUGUAUUAUCCCUGCAGAAGUGGUAACACUCUGCAAAGAAGGGAUGUUGUUUUCAGGUCACGUGAUUGAUGCUCAAGUAUUGCUAGUGGAGAGGACGGUGCAUCUUUCUCCAUUUGCUUCCUUGCACCCACAACCCUCAUGCCUCCCCCCCUCCCCUUGCUCAGAGCACAUAGUGUGAGCUACCUAGAUUUUGCUGUGCUUGCAGUAUCCCAUCACAGAUUCUAAAAAUGCAGGAUUGGGCCCACAGGUUGUAAGUUGCCUUAUAUGAGAGUAGGGUGGCAUAGCAAGAAGCUUGUAGAUGGCAGUAUUCUUUGGAAUCAUCUCUUUGUCUCCUGGGUUAUGUUCAGCCCAUAAACAGGCACAUCUCCUCCGAUUUUCAGGAUUGUUUUUUUUUUUAAUCUGCUAAAUACUUUGAUUUUUGGUUAGCAUUACCUGGUGAAAUAAAAUUCCCAUUUUCCUUUGUCUUAGGACUGAUUUAAAUAGAAAGAAGGAUAAUAAACUCCCAAAGUAGGCUGUGCCCACAAAAUGGUUUUUCAGUUUGCAGGCUGAACUGAAAAAUCUGGGGAAAAACAUUGUAAGGGUGGCCUGAAGCUGCAAGGGUGACCUGAGACAAGUUUAUUUUGUUUUCAUUUUCUCAUUGAAAUGAAAAAGAGAAAAAUCAAAACAUUAAGAAAAAAAAAUCCUUUCAAACCAAAAUGAAGCAUUUCAUUUUUAGGGUUGCUUUUUCACUUUUUUUAAAAACGUUAUGACUUGGGCUAUAAAAAGUUGAUUUGAGGCACAAAUGUGAAACUUGUUCUGAAAAUGCUGAAAGAAAAAUGUUUUAUUGUUAAUAGUCUUUUUGCCUUUGCCUUUUUUCUUAGUCUGACAAAUAGUUUCAGUUAACCCUUUUUGGUGAAUGCAUUGUCCACUGAAGAGAUCCCAAAGAAGCCUAUUGCCCAGUACUGCUCCAAUGACAGGUACACUGGACACAUUUCAAGGAUUACCUGGUAUUCAUCCCAACAAAGCUGCUGUUUCCCCAUCUAAUAAUCUUCCACUGGAUUGUUUUACUGUGUGAACAAUAAAAGCAUCUUUCAGCCCUUGCCAUUGACUGGUAUUGUAACUUGAUUUAGACAUUCUUGCUCUGUCAGUCUCAGUUUGGACAUAGACUUCUGACUUUAGAUUUAUAACAUUUCUCCAAUUUGAGCCUAACCUGAUUGUGCAGCAGGAAUUCUCGCUUGCCCAAGUGAUAAGAGAAAUAAGGCAUUAUUCUUUCUCCUUUUUUCUCUCUUUCAGCAACAACAGUAAUAGACAUUUACUAGAUAGAGUUAGGGAAGGAGGUCCCAGGGUAACAAUGAAUGUAUUGUUCCACAUGGGACUCCUACAUGCUCUGUGUUGCUUUCUGUGGGCAUUCCUCAGCUGCCUGCUUUUACCACCUUUGCAUUUCUUGACUGUGGAGGUCAUGCAUUAAACAGGAUUGUACAGGCUUGAUUCCAGGUGCCCAGAGUGAUCUGUUUGCCAGUCACUGGCUCUGUUUUUCCUGUUCACAGGUGCAGUACACUUUCCUAUUGAAAUGUCCAAAGACUGCAGCCAAGGUAAACAGCCCCAGGUCAAAGGGGUCUUUCUUUUAUAGCCUGGAGCAUUGGAAGGGCUCCAUUUUUCUGCCUGGAUUCAGAUGUUAACUCAGUUUAGUUUUGCAAUGGUGUUUUGAAGGGAAAAGGCCCAAGGCACCUUCUGCUCCCUUACUGUUGACCCUACUCAUAGUCUGACCUUGAGGUGCAGUUGGCAGAAACACUACAAAAUAGAUGAGAGCAAAAUUACCACAAAUAUUGGGGUGCCGUGGUCCUCUUGACUUCAGUUAGAAUGCUUCCUGACCUCUUCCUUCUCUCUAUGAGGAUGAUGUUAGUGUAGGGCAUUUCCCACCAGCCUGAAGCACAGAAUUAGAAGAUGCACAAACUCGUGUCUGUCAGCAAAUCCUGUGCAGUGCAGCUUGAUAAUGCUGAUAGCAGGAAAACUAGCAAAAGCUUUUCUUCUCUGGGCUGCCAAAGGAAGCUAUUUCUUGCCACAGCUGGCACAGGUGCUAGCACAUGGAAGCUGAGAAUUAGAAGGUCAUUUCAGAAAUUAUAUUUAUGGAAAUAAGUGGAGAAACUACAGCUGUUAAGACUGAUCUGUAUGAGCUUGUAUUUCGAUGUGUCUCAGAGCUAUAAUUCCUUCAUGUGUUUUACAGUGUAUUCUACUAUUCCUGUCCCUAGUCUGCAUUUCAUGUAGAUGGUCCUUACAUGAAUCUUGCCAGAUGCACUUCUGGGCUUAUUGCUUCUCUUUAACUGAAUUAAAUUGCAAUGACUUUGGCAAUGUACUGGCAAUCUCUUUUCCUUCUGUUAAUUCAUUCUCUGGAUUUAACCAUGAUGACCUGAGAAAUGUUUGGUUUUUGGGUGUUGUUUUGUUUUGUU